GCGGAGUCAGGGAUGCUGCGUUGCCAUGGGUUUCAUGGAGUUUUACCUGGAGAUUGAUCCAGUCACUCUAAAUCUCAUCAUCCUUAUCGCCAGCUACGUGAUCCUGCUCUUGGUCUUUCUCAUCUCUUGCGUUCUGUACGACUGCCGUGGCAAAGACCCUUCGAAGGAGUAUGUUUCGGAGCCACCGGCCCCAGAGCAACAGUCUCCCAUACGGCUUGUGGUGAUGCAAAACUCCCCGACUUCGUCACGUUAUAAUGAGCAGAAUAACACAACACCCUCCAACUUUGUGCCACUGACCCCUGACAUGCGUGAGAAGAAAAGCACACUGGUGUAAUGAUGGACUUCAUAUGUCCAAAGGAUGUUGGACACAAAUCCAAUGCUCGAAAAGAGAUAAAAUGUCAAUCUAACUUGGAUUGAACCGGAACAUCCAUCUGCAUAGUUCAUUGUGGACAAUUUCAUUAUGGAAAUGGAGUUAUUUUAUCCUCUGGACACAGGAUAGAGCUCAGCAGAAGACGCAUGCCUAAACAGGACAG